AUGCUUAGAACCAAACUUUCCGUUUCGAUCGCUGCAAGAUCACAAUUAAGCAGAUCGUUGACUGCAUCAAGGACAUCGUCAUUAAAAAGAUGGCCCAUUCCACAGCAGCAGCGUCUAUAUUCUUCUAAUACAAGAUCGCAUAAAGCUACCACCACAAGGGAAAAUACUUUCCAAAAGCCAUACAACGACGGGGAAGUCACUAAAACACCAGUUGGAUCUCGCGCCAGAAAGAUCUUCGAAGCUCCCCACCCACAUGCUACUCGUUUGGCCGUAGAGGGUGCCAUCGAAUGUCCUUUGGAGAGUUUCCAACUUUUAAACUCUCCCCUCUUUAAUAAGGGUUCUGCAUUCACACAAGAAGAAAGAGAAGCGUUCAAUUUGGAGGCUUUGCUGCCACCUCAAGUGAACACUUUGGACGAGCAACUAGAAAGAAGUUAUAAGCAGUUAUGCUACUUGAAGACGCCCUUGGCCAAGAACGACUUCAUGACGUCUUUAAGAGUACAGAACAAAGUGUUGUAUUUUGCAUUAAUAAGGAAGCAUAUCAAGGAACUUGUUCCUAUCAUUUACACCCCUACCGAAGGUGAUGCCAUUGCCGCCUACUCUCAUAGAUUUAGAAAACCAGAAGGUGUGUUUUUGGACAUCACCGAGCCUGAUUCCAUCGAGCGUAGAUUGGCUACAUAUGGUGGAGACAAAGACGUAGACUACAUUGUUGUCUCAGACUCGGAGGGUAUUCUCGGAAUUGGUGAUCAAGGUAUCGGUGGUGUGCGUAUUGCCAUCUCCAAAUUGGCAUUGAUGACUCUGUGCGGUGGUAUUCACCCCGGCCGUGUGUUGCCCGUAUGUCUGGAUGUUGGUACUAACAACAAAAAACUGGCACGUGACGAAUUGUACAUGGGUAACAAGUUUGCCAGAAUCAGAGGUAAGCAAUAUGACGAAUUCUUGGAAAAGUUCAUCAAGGCCGUUAAAAAAGUGUAUCCAAGCGCAGUUCUGCACUUCGAAGAUUUCGGUGUUAAGAAUGCAAGAAGAUUGCUGGAAAAAUACAGGUACGAAUUGCCUUCAUUCAACGAUGACAUUCAAGGUACGGGGGCUGUCGUGAUGGCCUCAUUGAUUGCUGCUUUGAAACACACCAACAGAGAUCUAAAGGACAUUAGGGUGCUUGUUUACGGUGCCGGCUCAGCGGGUCUUGGUAUCGCAGACCAAAUCGUCAACCAUAUGGUCACACACGGCGUUGACAAGGAAGAAGCGCGUAAGAAAAUCUUUCUAAUGGACAGACGUGGGUUAAUUCUGCAAUCGUACGAGGCUAACUCCACACCUGCACAACACGCCUACGCUAAGAACGAUUCAGACUGGGCCGGUAUCAACACUCGUUCUUUGCAUGACGUGGUGCAAAACGUCAAACCCACAUGUUUAGUCGGUUGUUCUACUCAAGCGAGCGCGUUUACUCAAGAUGUCGUAGAAGAAAUGCACAAGCACAAUCCUAGACCAAUUAUCUUCCCAUUAUCCAACCCUACCAGAUUACACGAGGCCGUUCCUGCCGACUUAAUGAAGUGGACAAACAACAAUGCUCUUGUGGCUACCGGAUCUCCUUUCCCACCUGUUGACGGAUACCGUAUCUCGGAGAACAACAAUUGUUACUCUUUCCCAGGUAUUGGUUUAGGCGCCGUGCUCUCACGUGCCACCACCAUCACAGACAAAAUGAUCUCCGCAGCCGUGGACCAACUAGCCGAAUUGUCACCACUUAGAGAGGGUGACUCUAAACCUGGCUUACUUCCUGGUCUGGACACUAUCACCAACACAUCUGCGCGUCUAGCAACAGCCGUGAUCCUGCAAGCACUUGAGGAGGGGACCGCACGUAUCGAACAAGAACAAGUACCAGGUGGUGCUCCUGGUGAGACUGUCAAGGUUCCCCGUGAUUUUGACGAAUGUUUACAGUGGGUGAAGGCCCAAAUGUGGGAGCCUGUGUACAGACCUAUGAUCAAGGUUCAACACGACCCAUCAGUGCACACCAACCAAUUGUAG